AUGCUGCGCCUGAUGGGCUAUUCCAUGCCCAUAUACAUGGGAGCAGGCUGUGCCUCCACUGCUGCGCAGGCGACACCCCUGAACCCUGUGCCGCGGCGCCAUCCAGUCAUCACGAUCGUGGGCGACCCAAUCGACUGCGAACAGAUCGAGAACCCUUCCCAGGAGCAGAUCGAGGACCUGAAGGCCAGGUACAUCGAGCAGCUGAAGGCGAUCUUCGACCGCUUUGCGGACCAGUAUGCCCCAAGCGGGCAUGGUGACCUGCGGAGCUGGAGGAGCUGGGCGGCGUCGACGUCCCCGCCUGCCCCGUCAGCGUGGGCCACCCCGCCGACGACCCCCCCGCUCAGCCUGGAGCGCAGCCCCCCGCGCCGGUGA